GGCCCUGCGGGAUGGACCGCGGCCGGGGCGGCGGCGCAGGCGGCGGGCGGCAGGGUGAGUAGGGCCCUUCCCCCUCGCCGCGCUUCCUCUGCCCGGGCCGGCGCGGGGCGCUAGGCCAGAGGAGCGCCCCCACCCCGCGGGAGGCCCGGGCGCUGCCCUCGGCCCAGCUGGCGCCGGGACCCCGCGCCGGCUGCCGGCUGCCGUUUGGCCCCGAGGCCUGGUGGAGAGCGGGCGGCGCGGGUUAGCGGGCCGAGGAGAGGCUGCCCCGCAGCGGGCUGGCGGUUGCACCCGAGCCUCCCUGCCUUGCGGCACGCCCGGACCCCAGCCUCGGAUUAUUGUGCCACCCGGAGCCUGCGUGCAUCUGAUGCACACCGCCGCCAGCAGCCCCACGCUCAGCCCAGUGGGUGCUGCGGACCUCUCUGCACCCCACCGCCUCCCCCGCUCCAGUCGGGCUCUGCUGAGAAGUCUCAGAUCUGAGACACCAAAGGUGAGAGCUCCGAGGCCCUUGCAGCUCUCCCCUGAAGGAGGUCCUGGUGCUGCGCCCUUGCCGUAAUGCCGGACCCAUCCCGCUGACACUGUGGGACUGUGACACAGACAGAACUGCACAAAGGUUCCAGCCAUAUCUGUUUGUCACUUGAGCAAUGUUCUGUGGAUGGGAAAGAUCCGAGUCUUAUUACCUUAUUGGAAAUCCAUUUCUCUAGUCCAAACUGCUUAGUGGAUUGGGCCACUGACCAAUGAGCCACCCAGCCGGUUCCAGUCAGGAACUGGCAGAAAACUCUGCUGUGCAUGUAGCAGGGAUGGCACAAGAAGACAGCCGUCGCGGUCCAGUGCCACCCGCCUUUUACCACGGUGCCAACCAAGAACUCGACCUGUCCACCAAAGUGUACAAGAGGGAAUCUGGGAGUCCCUACUCUGUGCUUGUGGACACCACGGUGAGCAAGCCGCAUCUCCACGAGGCAGAGGAGCAGCCGUAUUUCAGGGAGGCAAGAGCAGCGUCUGACGUGCACACUGUCAAGGAAGACCGGGAGAAUUCUGAUGACACGGAGGAGGAGGAGGAAGAGGAGGAGGAGGAGGAAGAGGUCUCUUACAAAAGGGAGCAGAUCAUAGUGGAGGUAAACCUUAAUAAUCAAACGUUAAAUGUGUCUAAAGGGGAAAAGGGUGUCUCUUCUCAGUCCAAAGAGACUCCUGUGCUUAAGACGAGCAGUGAGGAGGAAGAGGAAGAGAGUGAGGAAGAGGCCACAGAUGACAGCAAUGAUUAUGGAGAGAACGAGAGGCAGAAGAAAAAGGAGAAGAUAGUGGAGAAAGUCAGCGUCACCCAAAGGCGACCGCGGAGAGCUGCCUCCGCAGCCGCGGCUGCCGCUUCCCCUUCUCCCAGAGCCACGAGAGGGCGUAGGAAGAGCGUAGAGCCGCCUAAGCGUAAGAAGCGGGCGGCCAAAGAGCCCAAGGCGCCGGCCCAGAAAGCUAAGUGUGAAGAGAAAGAGACUCUGAGCUGUGAGAAGUGCCCGCGGGUGUUUAACACACGCUGGUACCUGGAGAAGCACAUGAACGUCACUCACAGGCGCAUGCAGAUCUGUGAUAAGUGUGGCAAGAAGUUUGUCCUGGAAAGUGAGCUGUCCCUCCACCAGCAAACAGACUGUGAAAAAAACAUCCAGUGUGUUUCCUGUAACAAGUCAUUCAAGAAGCUCUGGUCCCUCCAUGAACAUAUCAAGAUCGUCCAUGGAUACGCAGAAAAGAAAUUUGCUUGUGAAAUCUGUGAGAAGAAGUUCUACACCAUGGCGCAUGUGCGGAAGCACAUGGUUGCGCACACGAAAGACAUGCCAUUCACGUGUGAGACCUGCGGGAAGUCUUUCAAGCGCAGCAUGUCCCUCAAGGUGCAUUCCCUACAGCACUCGGGGGAGAAGCCCUUCAGAUGCGAGAACUGUGACGAGCGGUUCCAGUACAAGUACCAGCUGCGCUCACACAUGAGCAUUCACAUCGGGCACAAGCAGUUCAUGUGCCAGUGGUGUGGCAAGGACUUCAACAUGAAGCAGUACUUCGACGAGCACAUGAAGACGCACACGGGAGAGAAGCCCUUCAUCUGCGAGAUCUGCGGCAAGAGCUUCACCAGCCGGCCCAACAUGAAGCGGCACCGGCGCACGCACACCGGCGAGAAGCCCUACCCGUGCGACGUGUGCGGCCAGCGCUUCCGCUUCUCCAACAUGCUCAAGGCGCACAAGGAGAAGUGCUUCCGCGUGACCAGCCCGGUGACUGCGCCCCUGACGCCCGCACCCGCACCAGCCCCGCCCGCCACCUCCCCGGCCGCGCCAGUCCCAGUGCCCAUCCCCGUCCCCGCGGCCGUGAGUGCGCCCGCCACCCCGGCCGCGCCCGGCAGCCUGAGCCCGGUGAGCGCGCUCCCGCCGCGGCCCGUCCCGCACCCCUUCUCGCACCUGCACCUCCACGCGCACCCGCACCACCCGCACCACUUGCCCAUCCCUCCAGUGCCACACCUGCCCCCACCGCCCGCGCUCUUCAAGAGCGAGCCCCUGAACCACCGUGGCCAGGGCCAGAGCGAGGACAGCUUUCUGCGGCACCUGGCUGAGAAAGGCGGCACCACCCCGCAUCACUAGCCCGGGCUGGCCGCGGCCGCCGGCGCAGCCGGUCUGCGGGGCAGCAGACGGAGCGCAGGGCCUAGGCCAGGGCCAUACGGAAACCAGGGGAACCACCGAACUGAAGCCCAGUGUGCUUGCAUUUUCUGAUGACUUUUAUACAUUUCCAGCACCCAGCUCGCGGACUGUGUAAUCCGGCAUCAGCGGACGAGGUAUGCUUGCUUUGUGCCCUGGACUUCUCUUUGAAGAGGGGCCGCCGGCCGCCCGUCGCGCUAGCCGGGAAGCCACUCGACCCCUCCAGCAUUAAUCUGAGCAUCACUGUGUGGCUGGGAGCCGCGGCCGCGGGGUGUCCGGCGUUCCAGGAAAAGACCCAAAUCUUUUUCUUUAUGUAGCUCUCCUAACGCACUCUUUAUUUUACUACAGAAAUUAUUUUAGAGUUUUUGUAUAGAAUUCUUAGUAGUCUGUUUCUAAAAUGAAAUGUAUUUCAAUAAGCAGUGUAAUUUUUCAGUGUAGCUGAACCUAUGUUGUAAAAUAGAAAAAAUUUUUAUAAUCAUCAAAAUGUGAUUCUUAAAGAUGCAUAUAACUUCUAUAAUUCAAAGUUAUUCUUACACCCGUACCACUCAAAGGUGCUUUAGAGGCUGGCUGUGUCAGAGGGGCCGGAGCGCGGGCGACCAUCGGGCUUCCUGGCACGCACCCACCUGGCGUCCUCGGGAGACAGUGGUGGGGUGAGGGGCUUUCUCUGAGGCACCCCUGCCUUGGGGCUGCCCUGCCCUGGAGACAUGGUGGUGAUGUGUGUGGUGGGGAACUUGGUGGCAGGAACGGUUUCUCAGUCACGUGGGCCUCCCUCCCUGUAGGAACGCGCUGCCUUUAACUAUUCUGGGAAGCAAACAGGACUCUGGCCUUUUGGAGGUUGCUUUAUUUUUCUACAAUUGUAAUGAAAAGCAAAACCAGUAAACCACAGUCUCAAGCCUGAUUUGCUGGUAGUGGCUAAGAAAUUUGGAUGGGAAGACAGACUGGGUAUGAGUUUGGAAAUGUCCAGUGACCACAACACUGAGCAGUUUCAGCACAGUUUGAAUUGUAAGCGGGGACACCCCGAAAGUCUUGCUGUGCUGUGGGUGACCGGGUGACCGUGCCCGGCCGGCAGCCUUAGCUCAGAGGAGAGCAGCCCUGCGGAGCCCCGGGGCGCAGGGACAGUGACCACACUCACCCAGGCUCGGUGUCCCGAGACUCCUCGUGCAUCUCAGAGAAUGGGGUUCCCAGGGUGGUUCCUCCUGCCUCGCUGCCCUCCCCACUUUACACCUUGCAGUCCCUUCACCCUGCCCUUGGAUCAUCGCCUGGCUCUUAUUUAUUUUAUCUUUUAAUAUUUCAGCAGUCAAGCACUUUCCCAGCUGAUACCUCUGUAGCAGGGAAAAAUGGAACUCUCCAUGCAGCUUAGGUCUCUAUUUUUAUACCUUCUAUUAGCUUUUGGGUUAAUGAUUCCAAAUUUUCUCCUUCUGAUUUUGCCUUUGUCUUCUGUAAUACAUAGGAAAAUGUUGCAGGAGACAGAAAAGUAUCUCAAGGCAUACUUUCCUUCCUGUUUUCGGGUGUAAGUUUUAAAAAAUAGUAUUUUUAAUAUUUGUAUACAUUAUUUGAGCCCAUGGGCACCCCAGCAGAGAAGGAAGUAAAUUCCUUGCUGUGACUGUUAUAAUUUAGUAGCUGUCCCUGCUCCCACCACCAUCUCUCCUUCCUCCCAGGAUGAGUCUGUAAAGCCACUUUGUGUAGACAUAGCAUUAUUCUGUGGUCAGGGCUAUGUUACUAAAGCAGUUCUUAAAAAGAUACACGUUAUAGCUUAGUUCAUGGGUUAUACUUUAUUUGUUCUAAAUAAAUUUACAGCAUGGGGCAGCAAUUUUGAAUUCUAGACUUGGGAUCUUUGAAUCAGCCAUUUCACAAGGUGUGAACUGUGAUUAUACCCUGGAAAAUUCAGGCGGUUGUCUUUGAUUUUUCAGUCAAGUAACUAUAACCCUAGGAAACCACAGGAAAACCAGUAGUAAGCAAAUUACCAUCACCCCCCUUCCCAGGAGCAAAAAAAAAUUAGUGCAAUUCACAGUGAAAUGAAGUGUGGAACAAUCUGGAAACUUCCAAGGGUCUCUUUCCUGGCUAAUGAGGUGUGAUCUGUGGUGCUUAGGGUGACGCCUUGUCAGCAUCACGUGGUACACGAAUAGCGACCUGCACAUAGGGAAUCCUGACGCUGCUAUCCCCCAAUAGCAGGCUGCAGGUGAAGCAGGCAAAGGCUCAGACUCAGGGUGAGAAGCGGGGUCCUCUGCGAAAGUCAGGUUGCAUUGUUCCCUGUGCUCCCCAUACCUGCUGCAGGCCCGGGAGCUCCUAGGAGCCUGUUACCCGUGCCCUGAGGAAGUCUCAGGGAGCUGGGGUUCUCAGCCCCUCUCUGGCUGUGCUUUUUAAAGACACACAGGCGAGGCUGUGUCUCCUGCCUGCAUUUCACAUCGCCUUCAAGGCUCGUAUUGUUACAAGGGUAGCAGAUAUGAGGACCAUUCCCCAGGCGCUUUUCUGAGGUGCCAUUGUGUUUCUAGUGGUUGGUUGGGUUUUGCAUUUUCUAUCCUUUUUUUCAUAGAUUCAUCAUUCAAAUAUAAACUCUUGGGUUUUGUUUUUGGGGUUUUUUUGAGGGGGAUUGUCUUUAAAAAGGCUGCUGCCCCUGUAAUCCCAGCAUUUGGGCGGGAGGUUGAGGUGGGAGGAUCACUGUGAAUUCAAGGCCAGCCGGGGCUACAAAGACCCUGCCUCAACGUGCCACACCCCCAAAAAAUCUGCUGAUUCCUCAAAUUGAGUCAGGAAGGCUCAUCCUGAAGUCUUAAAAUCUGAACAACAAAGACUAUCAGUUCAAAGCACGGGGCUUCAUUUCUACCCAUACUGAUGGUUUCACGCUUGUGUUUAGCACAUGGGGAUUCUCCAAGUACAACCUGACUGCAGUUCCAGGAAACCUUUCAGAUCCCUUCACAGACUCUCCUGGUUCACCACGAAGUCCUAGGUCAGGGUCCGAGUGUGGAGUCUGCCACAGCUGUUCUUUGCCCAGGACCACACUUGUUGGGCGCCCCUUGUUGUCUGCGCCCCUAGAAUCUGUCCCUACCGUACUGCAGGCAAAAUGCUCCUAAGAGACACCGAUAAAAUUUUUUGACAUUUUUCAUUUUUGUUGAAUGGAUAGUAUGGUUUCAUUUUGGUUUUACUGGCAGCUUUUUGGUUGUUUUGCUUUUGGCUGGCAGUUUUUAAGUUUGGAGAAUCCAAGGCAGAGACGGCAGUGCAUGGCAGGCGUGUGCGUGUGCUUACCCCACCGUGGGUAUUUCCUCUAAUAAGACAGCGUGCUACGGGGGUUUUAUGUUUUUAAAAAAGCAGACCUAGAAAAGAGAGAAAUGCUUUAAUUUGAGCCACUGUAUGGAAUCGGCAAUGCUCACUGCCAUGCUGGCCACAUGACGAAUAUUUCGGUGCUGCUCCCCACCGCUGAGAGUGUUUAAGGAGACAGCUCGGUCACCCCUCAGCUAACUACUUUUUAGAAAAAUGGCUCACCUGGAAUUCUUUACACUGUACCAUCAGCUAGUACACACUUGAGUUUUAAUUUUCCUUUGCCUAAACCAAGACAGGAAGUUUCCUUUUUCUUUUUCACCCAAGAAUGGACGGUCAUAGCCAUUAGCGCAAGUGGCGUAAUUAUGCAAAACAGCUUCCGGCCGACUUGCUCGCGUCUUCCGUGUGUUCACCGGAAACCGGACCUGCGGCCCGGACACUACCUCGACACAGCCAGCCAGAGACCCCGCCUCCCCUUCCCACGGAAGCCAUAGGGCUGCCAUGCGGUGGAUCCCUGUCCGGGCGAUGUGUGGACUCGAUGAGCAGUCUUUAUGGCCUAGGGUUUGCAGGAUUCAAAGGAAACCGGCGCUCCCAGUUGCCCAGCCUUGACGCUUUAGCUCCAGUAAAUUGGUCUGGAGAAACAGAUGACAAACUGCGGAUCCAGCGCGUAAGGAAGUCAGAGCUGCCUGCAGAGCUGCACCCCAGGAGGCAGGCUUCUCUCUGUCCCUGUCUAGCGGCUGCAGGUGUGAGCAGUGACCCGUGACGUGGGUUCUGUCCCUCGCUAACCGAGCUGGACCCGCUGUCUUCGCAGUGUCCUCAGAAUGGUUUUCAUGUCUUGAGUCCGGCGCUAGCCUCCCCCCGCUGCCGCCCUCCUGAGUGCCUUUAAAACGCCGCCGGACCCUGGCACCGCCGCCCGCGCGAUCCUACCUCUGCCGACCUCCCGGCGGCGCCGCGACCGCCUUUCCCCUGAGUGGCCGGGCCGCGCGGGCCGGCUCCGGCUUCCUCCUCCGGCCGCGCGGGUCGCCUGCCUCAUAGGCGCGUCGCGCCGUCGCCGUUGGUGCUGGGAACGCGUUCCGCGGGACUCACCCGCACUUUUGCCAGCAGAGGGCGCUGCUGUCCCUCCAGCACCAUGGUCUCCCCGCGUCUUCCUGAGCGUUAGCGUCCCUGCCCACGCAGGGACCUGGGUGCUGCCGCAGCCCCUUGUCCUCUGGCUUCCCUAGCCCUUUGCAAAUCGACCCCGGACUUCGUUGGAGUCAGAUGAAGUUAAAAGGGCUCCCCGGGUUUGACCGGUCCUUCACUGACUUCUAGUCUGCCCCUCCUCCCCCCACCCUCCAAACCCUGUAUCUCUCCCAUUUGUUCCCAUCUGUACAUUUUACAAGUAUGAUUGCUGCACAGUAGAUGAAGGAUGUGAUAAAAAGAGGGUGAAGCUUAUUCUGCAUGUGAUACGAGCAUCUCACGGGUCAGCUCGUCUUAGCAAUGGGCCGUCUCACAGCCAGGCCCACAGCUUCUGUAAUGCCAGAUCUCUUCAGGAGUCAAAACGAAGGGCUCCUCCAAAUGAGGACACGGGGUUCCGGUUUUUUGUUUUGUUGGGUUUUGGUUUUGGUUUUUUUUGGGGGGGGGGGGGAUGAAAGCUAUCAAAUAUUUUAGACUUAGUCAAAAUCUUUGCUUCCUGACCUAAAAUCUCACGCCUGUUUCCUUAAAGCGAUCAGUACUCAGGCAGCAGUUAGAGAAACCUCCCUUCUGGCUGUCGGCAGUCACCGCCUCUGUCUGUCUGUCUGUCGGUAGGACAGGGCAACCACCCGACAGGGCGACCGUGUAGGUGUCAGUCGUGUUUAUUAACACUAAGUGUAAGACACUGGCUUCGUGGAGCAAGGACCCGAGGACAGAGUGCAAGAGACAGAUCUGGGUCGCAGAGAGCAGCUGCAGGGGCCUUCACCUCUGUCCUGGGUCAUUUUCCGUUUGCGCGCCCAGUCCCCCGCCGAGGACCUGGACGUUUGCACAGCGACCCCGAGUUCGCUUUCCAGUGCGCGCUUCUGGUCCCAGCACAGGGCCUCCCGCCUGUCUCGGAGGCAGAGGGGCCGCAGCUCCUAGCGCCCCGUCACAGCCUGCUCCGCGCCUCUGCUGAGACUGGGCUGCUGCACAAACGGCCGGGGUGUGAGGGCACGGGAGCCGGGCUUCGUGAACCCUCCAGGGGGCGCGUUGCUCAGGACUGGGAGGCCACUCAGGCCAGAGGUGUUUGAGGAACGUGGCGCCCCCUCUGCCCAUCUUUACAAGCGACUGGAAGGACAGAGGUCCCAGCCCACAUCCCGCAUAGGACUGGAGACCGCACCCCGCUACACGUGAAAGCUGGCAGGAAGGAUUUGAGGGUCCCGGGGCUGCCAACCCUUCCUCCUCCCAGUCUUUCCAUGCUUGAUUCCUUGCCUCAUUGGUCUGAAAAGAAAGCGGCAGUAUGGCACAAUUUCUGUGUUUACUUUUCAAGUUUUAUUCUCAAGGCUGUAGAUCCGGCGUCGCAGUCUCCCCUAAACCUGCAGACGCAGCUCGCUCUUCCCGCCCCAGCCGCUUCUGUCCCAUGUGCAGUACCGGCCUCAUCCACCAGGCGGCAGUAAAGCACUUCGGCGUCUUCACUGCUGGCGUCUUUCGGGUCUGCGGUCCCGCCCGCCCGGCUCUGGCUCCCUGCAUGCACCUGGGAGGUCAGAGGCAUUGCCCUUCUUCCUCAGUCCAGCGGGCGCUCAGCCUCGUGACCCGACCGAGAGCGGCUUGCGGUGUGGGCCUCUGAGCACUGUCCCAAGGCCGGGUUGGCGACCCCUCCUUGCUUGCGUCCCCGUCUUGCACCCUCUGACCCUCGGGCACCACCCGUCUUGUGCUUGUGCUGGUUGUAACAUCUUCCGGGUGAGCAGGUCGGUCAGCAGCGAAGGGGAAGCCCGGGCCAUGACCCCUCACCCUGUACCGGAACCGCAGGAGCCCCCGAGCCCGGUUCUGCCUGGCCUCAGCUGGGCAGAACUGCAAAGGGAGGCGCAGGCCGGCCAGGUGCCGCCCGCUGGUCCUGAGCGUUGUUUUCCUCCAAAGUCACUUGCACUUUUCCUCAUUUCUUAAAGAAAAGAAAAUCCAGUUUGCUGGGCCAGAAAACUGUUUAGCGUCAGGUUUACAAAGCUCGCAGUUGAAUGUCCACCGAUUGUCCAAAGGGGUUUGCCCACACAGAAGCUGCUUGGUCCUGUCCUGCCUGCUGGGUCAGAAGGGUGAAGGCCGCGUGGCUGGGCUGCUGUGUAGUCAGCGUGGCCGCGACCUCUCCUACCUCUGCGGAGACGCAGCCUGAAGUCAGCCGGGCCAGGCCAGGCCGCCUCCGUGUGCCCGGUGGGGGCGCUGAGGGUCCCCACUGGCCCCUGCUGGCUCCCCUCUGCCUGCCCCCUCCUCUGUGUCCCCACCCCCAGUGUACUGGUUUCCCUUUUAAUUACACCAAGACUUUUUUUUUUUAGCAAUUGAAAUGCACUUUUUAAAAAUUUCAACUCAAUCAUGAUUUUAAGUAUAAAAAUUUUAUAAUUGUUAAAACGACUUUUUGUGUAUUUUUAACCACUCAAUGUAGCAUUGUGUAUUUUAUUCCUGUGAGACUCUGGUACGAGGUGGGCCGCUUCGUGAACUUCUGAGAUGCUGGGCCUUGGAUGUGUACGGUAACCAACCCAAUGCUAACGUUCGAAGUAAAGAGAAAAGGAACAACA